AACAGCUGGCAAACAGCUGAGAAACAAGUUAGUCGCAGAAGCGCAUUCUGUUCUCAGAAGCCUGCACAAGACGCUAUGGUGGUAAACAAGAAGUUCAGAUUCGCGAUUGACAGAGGCGGCACAUUCACAGACAUCUACGCAAAAUGUCCAGGCGGAAAGAUUCGCGUUAUGAAACUUUUAUCUGUGGAUCCUGCCAACUAUCCUGAUGCUCCUAGAGAAGGUAUAAGAAGAAUCUUGGAAGAGGAAACCGGCGUUCCCAUGCCGGCCGACCAGCCAGUGGACGGCAGCUCGGUCGAGUGGAUCCGCAUGGGCACAACGGUGGCCACCAACGCGCUGCUGGAGCGCAAGGGCGAGCGCAUGGCGCUGCUCGUCAGCUCCGGUUUCCGCGACGUGCUCUUCAUUGGCAACCAGGCCCGGCCGCGGAUCUUCGACCUGGAGAUAGUCACACCCGAGGUACUGUAUGAGGAUGUCGUAGAGGUGGACUGCCGUAUAAUUCCUGCACUCCCCGGGCGUUGCCAGCUGCAGGAGACGGCUGCAGACUGGCGGAAAGUGCGAGGCACUACUGGAGAGGAGCUCCUGGUUGUCAAGGAACUGGACACUGAAAAACUGACCAGAGACUUGCAGGCACUCCGCGGCAAAGGCUAUAACAGCCUUGCUGUAGUACUCGCCCAUUCUUACAUGUUUCCUGACCAUGAGCUGGCUGUGGGUGAGAUAGCAAAGAAACUUGGUUUCGGGCAUGUAUCUCUGUCACACCAGGUUAUGCCCAUGGUCCGCAUUGUGCCACGUGGCUUCACUGCCUGUGCAGAUGCAUACCUCACGCCACACAUUCAGCGUUAUGUACAGGGCUUUGCUUCUGGAUUCAAAGAUAAUCUCAAAGGAGUCAAUGUGCUAUUUAUGCAGAGUGAUGGUGGUCUUACUCCCAUGGAUGUAUUCAAUGGCUCCCGAGCAAUACUUUCUGGCCCAGCAGGUGGGGUGGUUGGAUAUGCUGUCACAACAUAUGGAAGAGAAACUAAGUUGCCAGUCAUUGGGUUUGAUAUGGGUGGAACAUCCACUGAUGUUAGCAGAUUUGAUGGAGAAUAUGAGCAUGUAUUUGAAUCAACUACAGCGGGAGUCACAAUACAGGCACCUCAGCUCGAUGUAAACACUGUUGCUGCUGGCGGUGGCUCGAUGCUCUUUUUCCGCUCAGGAAUGUUUGUGGUGGGUCCUGAAUCUGCUGGUGCACACCCAGGCCCUGUCUGCUACCGAAAGGGAGGACCACUGGCUGUCACUGAUGCCAAUCUGUGUCUUGGAAGGAUCCUACCCGAGUACUUCCCAAAAAUAUUUGGGCCUACAGAGAAUGAACCCCUGGAUAAAAAAGCGACUAUUUCUGAGUUUGAAAAACUCACAGCUGAGAUAAACAACUUCCUGACAAGUCAGGAGACUGAACUUUUGAAGAAAGAUACAAUGUCUGUUGAAGAAGUUGCUAUGGGAUUCAUUAAGGUUGCAAAUGAAACCAUGUGUCGCCCAAUCAGAGCCCUUACACAGGCAAAGGGUUAUGACACUUCCCGGCACGUACUGGCCUGCUUUGGAGGAGCAGGAGGGCAGCAUGCAUGUUCAAUUGCUCGUGCACUUGGAAUGGGAACUGUAUUUGUUCACAAAUAUGCUGGAAUUCUUUCAGCAUUUGGUAUGGCUCUUGCAGAUGUUGUUCAUGAGGCCCAAGAACCAUGUGCAAAAUUGUAUGAGCAAGAUUCAUUUACUUAUCUAGAUGAACGUCUUGAUGCACUAGAAGCAGAGUGUCGGCAGAAAUUAAUGGAACAGGGGUUUGCUAUUGAGCAAAUUGAGACUGAACCAUUUCUGCAUCUUCGAUAUGAAGGAACAGAUUGUGCACUAAUGUGUUGCCCUCGUAAGAUGAGCAAGAAUUCAGUGUCUGAAUGUAAACACGGUGACUUUAAGGAGACUUUUCUUCAAAGAUACCAACGUGAGUUUGGAUUUACAAUUGCUGGUAGAGCUAUUGUUGUGGAUGACAUAAGAGUGAGAGGUAUUGGGAAGUCCAUGAUAGAUAUAGAUCAUAAAGUGGAAACAGCUACUGAGCCUCCAGUUCCAGACAAGGUAACAAAAGUCUAUUUUGAGGGUGGCUACAGAGAGACAUCAGUAUAUUUACUGAGUGAUCUGAAAGCUGGACACACCAUAGCAGGGCCUGCUAUCAUCAUGGACAACCUCAGCACCAUUCUGGUAGAACCUGACUGCACUGCUCUCAUAACAUCAGGUGGAGACGUUAAGAUAACAAUUGGCUCAGGAGAACUGAAGAAGAUUGGCACUGAACUAGAUUCGAUCCAACUCAGCAUAUUCUCACACCGAUUCAUGAGUAUUGCUGAACAAAUGGGAAGAAUCUUACAGAGAACCUCUAUCUCUACCAACAUUAAGGAGAGGCUGGACUUCUCCUGUGCUCUUUUUGGACCAGAUGGUGGCCUUGUAUCAAAUGCGCCUCACAUCCCUGUCCAUUUGGGGGCCAUGCAAGAGACUGUGCAGUAUCAGAUGCGUGUACUAGGAGAUAAUAUCCAUGAAGGUGAUGUCAUACUCUCAAAUCAUCCGUCAGCUGGUGGAUCUCAUCUUCCAGACUUAACUGUCAUCACACCUGUAUUCUACAGGGACCAGAAGAAGCCUGUAUUCUUCGUUGCCAGUAGAGGACACCAUGCAGACAUUGGUGGCAUUACACCAGGAUCCAUGCCUCCACACUCUAAAAGCCUAAUAGAAGAGGGGGCUAGUUUCAAGAGCUUUUUCCUUGUGAAGAAAGGAGUAUUUAAUGAACAAGAGUUAAUUGAUGCUCUCAUGGCACCAGGGAAAAUUCCUGGGUCUUCAGGAACCAGGAAUCUUCAGGACAAUUUGUCUGAUCUAAGAGCACAGAUCGCAGCUAACCAGAAGGGCAUCAGUUUGGUGCGAGAGCUUAUUGAUGCAUAUGGUCUGGAUGUUGUCCAAGCAUACAUGGGCCAUAUUCAGUCCAAUGCAGAAAUAGCUGUAAGGGACAUGCUGAGAGAAAUCGGAAAAAGAGCAAAGGAGAGAACUGGACAAAGUGUCUUAGAGGCUGAAGAGUACAUGGAUGAUGGGUCUCCUAUAAAACUAAGAGUAACAAUUGAUGUUGAAGAAGGAACUGCAAUCUGUGAUUUCAGUGGUACCGGGCCUGAAGUAUGGGGGAACUGCAAUGCCCCCAGGGCGAUAACUCUGUCUGCUCUCAUCUAUUGCCUACGCUGUAUGGUUGGGCAUGAUGUUCCUCUUAAUCAGGGGUGCUUGAAUCCAGUGAAAACUGUUAUACCUUCUGGCUCCAUGCUCGACCCUUCAGACACAGCUGCUGUUGUUGGUGGAAAUGUGUUAACAUCGCAGCGAAUUGUAGAUGUUGUUCUAAAAGCAUUCCAGGUGUGUGCAGCAUCUCAAGGCUGCAUGAACAAUGUUACAUUUGGUGAAGAGGGCUGGGGAUAUUACGAGACAGUUGCUGGGGGUGCUGGGGCUGGACCCACUUGGGACGGCCGAGGCGGUGUACACUCGCACAUGACCAACACACGAAUUACAGAUGCCGAAAUCUUGGAACGACGCUAUCCUGUGGUGCUGCAAAAAUUCUGCCUUCGCGAAGGUUCCGGAGGUGCAGGCCUGCACAGGGGAGGUGAUGGUGUUGUGAGGGAGCUGCUCUUCAGGAGGCCAAUGACACUCUCCGUCCUCACUGAGCGCAGGGUGUUCGCACCCUAUGGCAUGGCUGGUGGCAGUGCAGGUGAAAAAGGUCUCAACUUAAUGUUGAAGAGGGACGGCCGUGUAAUAAACCUUGGACCGAAGACUGCUAUUGAUGUUGAACCUGGAGACGUGUUCCGGCUGCUGACUCCGGGCGGAGGCGGCUACGGCACCCCCGACGGCGCAGCCCCUGCCGCAGCCGCCGCCCCCAGGAGCUGCCGCCAGCCCGCCCUCGAGAGGGGCAGCGUCUUCGAAUACCGGCGCGCCCAAGAGUCCGUCUGAAGCCGCCGCUUCCACGUCUGCCCGGCGCCACUCCCGAUUGUACAUAACAUAGUGUAACCCAAAAUAAAGUACGCAAGUGCUACUCAAA